ACCCAACGCCAAAUCUGCCAUCCCAAUUAGCCCUCUGCCCAGCCACAGCCAUCCACAGUCCGUGUGACAUAAAAAGGAAGUCCUGUUCAGAACUGGGGAAUCGGACGGCGGGGAAGUGUUGAAAUGACGAAGGCGGAUGAGGCAACGAGCCAGAAGGGCCUCACCCGCCACACUCACCCGACUCCUGGGUCUCCCCGCCUGGAGCUGACUGUGCCCCUCCCCCACUGAGCACCUCUCCCGUGGAGGCCCUGGCUGGAGCGGGCCUUGGCCUGCCUCCGUUGGCAGGAGGUCCUGAGGGCCUGACACAGAGUCCCCGGUGGAGCCCAGAGGUCAGCGGAGAGUGAGGGGGACAGCAGAGUCGAGAAACUAGUGACUGGGUUGGGAAUGUGCUGCCGUCCGAUGCACCAGGCGUGGAGACAGUAGCAGGCAAGGCAGGGGCUUAAGAAGUGCCCAACAGGAUCUAGGGACAGGCUGGGGCUGUCUCCGCCUCCUUUCCUUCCUCCUCUGCCCUCCCCACCCGCCAGCAGCCCCCACCUCGUGGGGCCCGUGGAGCAAAAGCCACAGUCACUUCCUGAAGGCAGCAGCCCCGGCUCGGGUCCCACUCGCCCCACGGCCCACCACCCGCCUGCAGCCAUGGGGAGCCAUCAGGACUUUCGGACCCUUCAAGCAAAGUUCCAGGCCUCUCAGCCUGGGACCAGUGAACACCCCCAAAAACCCCCAAAGCCUGAGUUCAACAAACUCCUAAAGAAGUUUCCGCCGCCUGAGCUAAGCGAGCACCCCAAGAAGCCCCUGCAGCCCGAGUUCAGUGCAGUGCCCAGGAAGCCCCCGCAGGCUGAGUUCGCUGAUCUCCCCAAGAAGCCCCCGCAGGCUGAGUUCGCUGAUCUCCCCAAGAAGCCCCCGCAGGCUGAGUUCCCUGGUCUCCCCAAGAAGCCCCCGCAGCCUGAGUUUGCUGAUCUGCCCAAGAAGUCCUGCAAACCCGAGUUCGGCGAACUCUCCAAAAAGUUCCCACAGCUUGAGGCCACUCUGUUCCCCAGGAAGCCCCCGCAGCCGGAGGCUGGUGAGGCCCCUCAGAAGACCUCGCAGACUGAGCACGGCGCACUUGGCCAGAAGCUUCCACAGCCUGAGCUCAGCCACCCUGCCAGGCCCCCCACAGAACCCAAAUCCAGUGCAUUCCCCAGGAAGUUCCGGCAGCCUGAGCCCAAUGAGGCCACCCCAAAGCCCUCGCACCCUGAGUUCAGUACCUUUCCCAAGAAGCCUCCGCAGCCCGAGUUCAAUGCGAACCUCAGAAAGCCCCCACAGCCUCAGGUCAGUGGCCUCCCCAAGAAGCCCCCGCAGCCUGAGUUUGGUGACCUCACCAGGACGUCCUCGGAGCCUGAGGUCAGUGUGGUUCCCAAGAGGCCGCAGCAGUCCGAUUUCAAAGCGCUCUCCAAGAAGCCCCCGCAGCCCGAGCUGGGCGGCCUCCCCAGGACCUCCUCGGAGCCCGAGGUCAGCCUGCUCCCCAGGAAUCUUCUGCAGCUCGAGGUCCGGGGGCCCCCCCGCAAGUUCUCACAGCCUGAGCCCAGCACUUUGCUCAAGAAGCACACGCAGGCUGAGUUCCUCGGGGGUCUCCCGAGGAAGCCCCCGCUCCCUGGCUCCGUCUCCGAGAGCUCACUGCCCACUGCCGUGGCGGGCUGCAGCCCCAGGUUCCCGCUCAGCCCAGGGUUUGGAGCCAGGCAGCAGAGGUCGGGGGCUCUCACUCCUAGCAGAGGGUCCAGGCUGGGGCUCAAACCCCGGCGGAGGCCUCUGCCCUCCGUCAGCAUCCUGGGACCCCCUCCAGCCAAGCCCCCGCUGCCCCCGGGCCCUAGGGACAUCCAGAGCUUUCGGAGACCCUCGGCGGCGGCCACAGCUCUGCGGAGGACCCACUCUUCCACUGGGAUCCACUUCCAGGCCCGUCUGUCUGCCGACGCGCUGAAGGCCCCGGAUGAGACCUACGAGCUGUACGACGACGUGGAACCCACAGACGACUCCAGCCCCAGCCCCCGAGUCAGAGAUGAAGUGCCAUCUACCCAGCAACCCCCCGGGAGGCCAGAGCCAGAGCCCAGGAAGGAGAAGGCCCCCCAGCCACAGCAGUUGCCAGCCAUGGACCCAAAGGUCCUGAAGCAGAUCCGGAAGGCGGAGAAGGCUGAGCGGGAGUUCCGGAAGAAGUUCAAGUUCGAGGGGGAGAUCGUGAUUCAGACAAGGAUGAUGAUCGACCCCAACGCCAAGACCCGUCGUGGGGGCGGCAAGCACCUGGGCAUCCGGCGUGGGGAGAUCCUGGAGGUGAUCGAGUUCACCAACAACGACGAGAUGCUGUGCAGGGACACCAAGGGCAAGUAUGGCUACGUGCCCAGAACAGCUCUCCUGCCCCUGGAAACGGAGGUGUAUGACGACGUGGCCUUCUGGGGUACGUGGAUGCUCUGGGGGGCUGGAAAGGACCACAGUGCCUCGGGAGGGGGUAUGCCCCACUCCAGUCUCCCAGGGGCUGUUUGCUAUCUGCUCAUGGGGGGAGGGGUCACUGGCAGUCACCCUUCCUCGGCAGACCCUCCGGAGAGCCAACCACUCCCCCGGGAACGAUAAGGCCCGCAGGUGUGAGACCCAGGACAACCCACCAGCCCAGCCACCUGCUAAACCCAGGAGCCCUGGAUCCCAGCCUGGCGGUCACAGAACUGCCCAGGCUCCCGUCUGACCACGUACAUGGACCACAUAAAGCCCCUCUUUAAAGC